AUGGCUCGGCGAGGCAGGCGGAGGGCUCGGGGCGGGACCCCGAUCGGUUGCCCCGGUUGCUUGGCGAGGCAGGCGGAGGGCUCCAGGCGGAGGGCUCGCGACACCCUGGGGAACAUCGUAUUCCGCAGGCUCUUCGGCUGCCCCGGUUGCCUCUGCCACGACUACCCCUUCUCCAAGUAUGGACCCAUUGUGGAUAUUGAUUUGAAGAUCCCUCCGAGGCCUCCUGGUUAUGCCUUUGUUGAGUUUGAAGAUCCACGUGAUGCUGACGAUGCUAUUCGUGGUCGUGAUGGUUAUAAAUUUGACGGUUACAGACUACGGGUGGAACUUGCACAUGGUGGAAGAAGCUACUCCUCAUCUUCUGACUACUAUAGUAGGUAUAGUAGCGGUAGCAGCCGUGGUGGUGUCUCUAGGUGCUCAGAGUAUCGUGAUACCUGAUAUUUUGUUGUAAUUACUAGGCUUCCGAAGUAAGCCUCCUUUUUUUCUCUCUCUUCAAGAGCUGUAUAUGGCAAGAAGGCAAGGAAAGAC